UUAAUCAUUUUGGCAGCGCGAGGUGUAGGUCCCGCUGUGAACUUGUACAGGUUCCUAUAGCGGGAAUGCAUGAUCGAAAACAGGAGGUCUGCCACAUAAUUGAAGACAAUUAUUCGAAAAACGCGACAAUCGGGGACAAGAGUUCGGUAACGUAUGCGAUCGAAGAAAAGAGUUCGACAACGCACGAUCGAAGACACGUGUUUGGCAAUUAGUGACGUUGUGCCGCCGGUAAUUGUGUUUUUAUCAUUUGUGUUAACGGUCGUUGGACCUGGUGUAUGGUUAUUUUCCCUGGAUAUGUAGCCCCGUACAGCAACAUACGGUCUGGGUACGUGCUCAUAUAGCAGUCCGAAGCUGUCACUUUGGAGGUGGUUGUUUUACAAACGUCGAAUAUUAGUGUGUAAAUUAGUGCCUUGUAAAUGGAAUAACACGUCAUUCAGCACACGUACCGUUCACGACGGACCAUCUAAGGACAUUUACAUUCAAAGUUUCAGAUGUGAGACCCCAUGCCAGUACUAGCUAUUCCGGUAAUGGAAAUGAAUGGGAAAUCUAAACAUUAUCUAUCAGAAGAUGGUCUUCAAGUCAAAUAUACGGGUCCAGCAGACAUGGUCCAGAGGAGACAGCGUGGCUGGAUAGGAGAGAGGACGUACUUGGAGGUGGCUCUACUCGUUAGCUGUGGAGUGUUACUCUGUAUCACCGUCAUUCUCAUAAUCAACGAGGCUGUACGGCAUGACGACCAGCUGAACGGUGGCGCCUCAAAGCUUGCUGCCACUAGUACAGUGUGUUUGUCACAGGACUGCGUCAGAGCAGCGGCCAGGCUACUACAGGGUAUGAACCAGGAGGUCGACCCGUGCGAUAACUUUUUUGAGUUCGCGUGCGGGUCUUGGAAUAAAGUCAAUGUUAUUCCUGAUGACAGACCAAGUUACAACACAUUUGCUAAACUAAGAGACGAUCUCCAUGUAACCCUCAAAGAUUUACUGGAGUCGCCAGUUACAUCUGGUGAAUGUGAAGCUUCGAGGAAAGCCAAACAUCUGUACCAUUCCUGUAUUAAUGAAACUUUAAUUGAGGAGCGAGGCAUUGAACCUGCUAUACACCUGAUUGAGGAGCUUGGUGGUUGGCCUGUAACGUUUGUUAACGGAACGUGGCCAGAGGAAACGUUCGACCUGACAGGCCUGCUCAUCAAACUACGUCUGUACAAUAAUAAAAUACUGGUGGAUCAGUGGGUCAGCGCCGACGAUAAAAAUUCAGACGUUCACAUAAUACAGUUUGAUCAGCCCGACCUUGGAAUGCCCUCCAGGGACUAUUACACCAAAGGUCGCCACGACCCAGACGUCGUAGUUUAUGAGGAGUUUGCAGUUGCUGUUGCUAUGGUUUUUGGCGCCAAUAAAACGGUUGCUGAAGAUGACAUUCGGGAAAUGGUGGAUCUUGAAAUACGGCUUGCAAACAUAACGGUACCCCAGGUAGAUCGGCGAGACAACGAGAAACUAUACAACAGGAUGACGGUCAGAGAACUUCAGCAAAUAGUUCCAGGGUUUGCUUGGAUGCGCUACCUGAGAGCUAUAUUUGACGAGGUUAACAUUACGAUAACGGAACUGGAGGAGGUGGUGGUGUACGCUCCGGAAUACCUCCGACAAAUGGUGGAAAUCAUCAACGAAACACCCGGCAGGACAUUAGCAAACUACCUGAUAUGGAGGAUAAUGAUGAACCGUAUGAUGAAUUUACCAGCAAAAUACAGAGAUCUGCGGAAAGAAUACCAUCGGCAAAUAUACGGAUCGGAAGUGGAGCGGUCCAGAUGGCGAGACUGUGUUAGCUACGUCAACGACAACAUGGGGAAUGCAGUGGGCCGACUGUUCGUACAGCAACACUUCGACGAACUGGCCAAGAACGUGGCCCUCGACAUGAUACACGACAUCAGAAUCGCUUUCAACGAGCUUCUCCAUGAUGUUGUGUGGAUGGACGAGUAUACACGCAAAGUAGCGGAGGAAAAGGCUGACGCCAUCGUGGAAAAGAUUGGUUACCCGUCCUAUAUCCUCAAUGAUACAGCACUUGACGACGACUACAGAAAUGUUUAUUUCCACUCCGACAAAUACUUUGAGAAUGUCCUGGAGAAUAUUAAAAGCAUAGCGUUAGCUAAUAUGGCAAGACUAAGGGAGCCAGUCGACAAGACCAGAUGGUCAACAACGCCAGCUAUCGUCAACGCUUUUUACAGUUCCACGAAAAAUCAGAUCAUGUUUCCGGCGGGAAUUCUACAGCCUCCGUUUUACUACAAGGGAUAUCCAAAAUCACUGAACUAUGGUGGCAUUGGGAUGGUGAUUGGACACGAAAUAACACACGGAUUUGAUGACAGAGGCCGACAGUUCGACAAGGAUGGAAAUUUAAAACAAUGGUGGGAUGACGCUGUCAUCGAACGCUUUAAGAAUCAGACCAGCUGUAUCGUAGACCAGUAUGGAAACUACACGAUGCCAGGAAUUGGCAUAGCGUUGAAUGGGAUCCAGACACAGGGAGAAAACAUCGCAGACAACGGAGGAUUAAAGGAGGCGUACAGGGCAUAUUCAAAAUGGGAAACAAGUCAGGAAAAAAGGGAGGACCUACUGCCUGGGCUGACACAUCUAAAUCAUCACCAAUUAUUCUUUCUCAACUUCGCUCAGGUGUGGUGCGGCACAAUGAGACCGGAAGCAGCAGUAAACAGAAUCCGGACAGGACUCCACAGCCCUGGCCGCUUUAGGGUGAUCGGUACAUUGCAGAAUUCCAAAGAGUUUUCACAAGUGUUUAAUUGUCCGGCCGGGUCCUACAUGAAUCCAGUUAAGAAAUGUGAAGUAUGGUGAUUAGGAAUAAGAGGGAAGCUUCCUGUCACAUUGGACAGACCCAGUACUGGAGCAGAAGCUGGACCUCGACUUUCGCUCGCUUCUCCAUGGCGGUUACUUACACCAGCCAUGUUGGUUCCGUAUGCGUUGUGUUAUCACCUGCUAAACGUGACAGUGUGAAGGAAAUUCUGACAAGUACAUCAAAAUCUUACAAGUGAAUCGGAAUUUUUAUUCAAACAGACAAUGCUGAACAAUGUUUGAAUGGUGGUGAUAGGAUUUAGUAUGUGGUGACUGACGAGUGUCAACGAUUGAUGAUGUGAUAAGUGAAGAGAAGGAUUGCGGUUAGCUAGCGACUCGUCAAAUUGUCUAGCUGACAUUGUCUCCACUUCCUCAGCUACAAUUGGUGUGAACAGAAACUGUACAAAGACUUUAACGUUUGAUUUGGUUUCUCAAUUUCUGAUAUUGUGUAUGAAAUAUUUAACCGAUUAACAUAUUUCUUAACUUAUUCUAUUAUACUUAGCUUGUCGUCCUAAGGAAAACAUAUGUAAUAGUUUUGAAAAGAUGUGCUCUUCCUUCGACAAGUAAACCUAAACGAAAUUUCAACAAUAUGUUCGGCCAUUUUGUCGUAGUAAUUUAAUAACUGUUAUUAUCGGUGAGAGUUCUUCACAGUCCGCAAAAUUUAGAAAUCAAACUGCUGUAUAAACUGUUCAGUUGGAUCUGAAAUAUGCUGAGAAAAGGUGAUGAGACACAGGAACGAUAUUGAAAGACAGGGACAGGAUUUGAUAUAAGGAUUCUGCUUUUUUCAGAAACCUUAACGUGUUUUUAAAUCGGUUGAGAGGAACGUAUAUUGAAUGUUUUAAUAAAGAUAUUUUAUACAGUUAUUAUGUUAAACUUAAAAAAUCACUCCGACAUUCAGAUAUAUGUGUUAACAGUAUCGGGGUCGUUAUUUAAGUUCUCUUGUAAAUAGUACGUUCAAAUUCCCAAAUAUUAUAUAAGAUAAAGUUAACUUUUAAUGCAUAGAUUUAGGGUCAUUAUACGCGAGUCCUGUAAAUAGUCAUGUUGAAACUGUCCUAAAUUCAUAAUUCGAUACAUCAAGUUUUAUAUGUUUUACAUAUGACGUUAUAUAUAUCACACAGAUGUAUAAUAUUAUCUUUUGUGGAAAAAUGUAUUUUGAAUCAUUCUACAUUUUACGGGCAUUUAUGCUCAGUUUGUUAAAUUUGUAUUAUAGAAUUGUUCUGUUUAGAAAAUAUGUGUUAAUUUUACUCUUUAAACAAUUACCUGGAAAAAGAACCAAACGUAAAAAUAAAUAUGUAUAUACAUACUAUGAAGUAAAAACAGAUAGUUCAAAAAACGAAUAAUACAUUGACUUAAAAAAAGUCAAAUAAUAUAAUUAAAUUUUGAAGUUGAAUUCUUGAAAAAUGAAAAUAUAUCCAUUUUGCAAAUUCAUUAAGUUUUAAAGACACUGAACGGAUCUGUUUUGUGUGUUUAUCAAUGAUCAAAGCAUGUACAUAAGGUAUUUCUAAGCAUUUCCCUCAGGUUGGUAAGUAUGGAUUAUGAAAGUUUUCUUGUUACACAACCAAUCGACAUCGAUUUGUAGACAACACGUACACAUUUUAUAGCUUUGUGUACAUACGCUUCACUGGUCAUUUGUCUGAUGAAGGUGACAGUGUACAUACGUCACAUAGAAACUCUUAUUGGUUGUGUAACAAGAACAUUUUCAUUAUCAUAUCCAUAAGGUGUUUGAGGAUGUUGUAAUGUUGGCUUGUAUAAACAUCACCUGUCAUUGAAUUGGAAACUUCAUGUUCGAUGUACAUUGUAAAACUAAUGUCGAUUCAACAUCCGGGGAGACUGCCAGUUAAGUAAUUUAUCGGGACACGUGGGUCUUUUAUUAUAUACUGCCUGUGUUAACGUAAAGGGUACCAGCAAGUUAUACUUAUAUAAUUUCCAUUUUCACUAUUCGAAAAUAUUUGCUUCAGUCCCUUUCAAAAGAAAUAGUCCAUACAAUGAAUGUGUUGCUGUGCAUUUUACAAAAUGAUAAUCGUUUAAAAUGUGGAUGUUUGAAAAUAAUUAUCACAAAGAAAACAAGAACAGUACGAUCACAACAUCGGAAUAAUUGUUUAUGGACCACAAAGCAUAUGAAACUAUAGACAGGGGAAUUUUCUUUAAGCCAGAAAAACUCAUUUUUGAUGCUUCAGCUUCUUAGAUUAUAACUGAAACCAAGGUUACCCUUUACCAUGAUUAACGUUUAGGAUGUGACGUCACCGUAUUUCUCUGGCGAUUCAGUGGUGUGCUCUCAAAAUGCUCGGUGAUGGAAAACGUGGGCAAGUUAUGUAAUAAACGUCACCGAGACAUGAGCCCUGCUGACGUUAGAGCCUCCACUGUUAUAGGGAAUCGAGUAAUUUUGCUGUCACUCUUCGAUUACGAUUUGCUUGUUUUUAGACCUGGGAUCCUCAUUGAAAGUUUCGUUGACAUGGCCUAAUGAAAAUGUGAAUAAACCAGCGAGUUUCCUUGAAAACCAAAUCCUAGUUCAGAGAAAAAUAUGCAUUUUACAAUAUUACAAUGCUUGCACAUAUUUUUGCAAAAACAUCAUAUUUUGAUAUGGCACAGAAAAUAUGUAUGAACUUUGUGAAUGCACCCAAAAGAUCCAGGACUGCUUUCCUGAUAUAAUAUCGAUCGGAGUUAAAAGAAGCGAAAAUGGAAGUAUCAGGGAGUCAAAACGAUAGUUAUCAGAUCCGUUAAACACGUUUGCAAAUAUAUUUCUAAUAGUACCGUCUACAUCUUCACAGAUAUCACACCAUAUGUCAUUGACGUUUGCUAAAGUAUUAAUAUUCCACCAAAACGCACAAGCUCCAAAGUGAUAUUUGUGAGGGUACAGGCGUCUCCAUAACAUCAGUGGUCGAUUAAGACAUUGAUAUCAUUCUGUGGCCAUGGAUUAAUUUAUUUUGCAAGGAACACGCACUGUGGGCUAGUGCCUUCUCACAUCGACAAUUUACAUGAAGACUUUUUUGACCGUUAAGAAAUACUUUAGCGACCAGGAAUCCUAUCAUACCCUCUAUAAUUUGUUUGGUGUACGGGGCAGUUGGGGAGGUAGCAAUGCGCGUAAAUACAGAUACGUAAACACACUGAUUUGUCAGGUGGUAGUUUCUGAACUCGUGUUUACGUUAGGAUAUCUGCUACCUUACAAUACAUGAUAGUGUUCAGAAUAAUGACCAAAAGCAUUUAAUAAACGAUUAACAGAACAGUAAGUUGUGUAAUUAUUGUGAAGUUGGCAUCAUCUCUUAAGUGGUACCUUAUCAACCAUUAGAGUGUCAACAUUACUUAACCAAGCCAAUAUAUCCCGCCACACAUUUUGUAACUAGUUUCUUCGUGUUGAACUCAUUUUGAAUGUGUAUGUAUAUGCUACAGUAACGGUAAAUAUAUAUUUAAGUACCUUUCGUUAUCAGAAUGUGUCCUUAUAUAACGAAACCAUGAACAUUGUAAUUAAUGAAGAAUUACUUGUCUCGCUGAAAAUUGUAAUUUAUGACAGAUUUACUCUCUAUGAACAUUGUAAUUUAUGAAGAAUUACUUGUCUCCGGGAACAUUGUAGUUUAUGAAGAAUUACUAGUCUCUAUGAACAUUGUUAUUUAUGAAGAAUUACUAGUCUCUAUGAACAUUGUAAUUUAUGCAGAAUUACUUGUCUCUAUGAACAUUGUAAUUUAUGAAGAAUUACUUGUCUCCAUAAACAUUGUAAUUUAUGAAGAAUUACUUGUCUCUAUGAACAUUGUAAUUUAUGAAAAAAUAC